AUGGCCGAACCUAUCCGAAACAAGCGCCCCGACCUGACGGCCCCCACGCCGCAAAACACACCGGCCAGCAAUGCGCCCAUCUCUUCCCACGCCCAGCAGCCCGGUGUGGCCAGCAUCAAGGAAGAGGACAUGGACCGCGCCGCUGCCGCCUCCAUCUUUGCCCAGAACCCGAAGCUUGUACAGAUGAUCCAGGGCCGGCUCGGCUCCCUCAUCGGACGGUCUUCUGGUUACAUCGAGUCUCUGCCCACCCCUGUUCGCCGCAGAGUGUCUGGUCUGAGAGCGAUGCAAAAGGAACACUCCAAGCUCGAGGCCGAGUUCCAAGAAGAGGUCCUCCAGCUCGAGAAGAAGUACUUUGCCAAGUUCACCCCUCUGUACCAGAAGCGUGCCAACAUCGUCAACGGCAAUGUUGAGCCAACUGAGGAACAAGUCAAGGCCGGCGAGGACAGCGACAGCCAGCAGCCCCAGGGCGAAGGAGAUUCUGCCGAAAGCGCACCCAAAAACGCCGACAUGCCCGAGAACGUGUCUGGCAUUCCCGAGUUUUGGCUGUCUGCCAUGAAGAACCAGGUCACCCUCGCCGAAAUGAUCACGGACCGUGACGAGGCCGCCCUGAAGCACCUGACGGACGUGCGCAUGGAGUAUCUCGACAAGCCCGGCUUCCGUCUCAUCUUCGAAUUCCGCGAGAAUGAGUACUUCACCAACAAAACCAUCACCAAGACUUACUUUUAUCAGAACGAGAGCGGCUACGGGGGCGACUUCAUCUACGACCAUGCCGAAGGCGAUAAGAUUGACUGGCACCCUGGCAAGGACCUCACGGUCCGUGUCGAGGCGAAGAAGCAGAGAAAUAAGUCCACCAAGCAGACUCGAAUUGUCAAAAAGACAGUUCCUACCGAGUCCUUCUUCAACUUCUUCUCACCACCGAAACCGCCCACUGACGAGGACGGCGACGAAGACGACGCAAUCUCGGACAUUGAGGAACGCCUAGAACUCGACUAUCAGCUCGGCGAAGAUAUCAAGGAGAAGCUGAUCCCCCGUGCCAUUGACUGGUUCACUGGAGAGGCUCUCGCCUAUGAGGAGGUUGACGAUGACGACCUCGAGCCCGGCGACUUCGAGGAUGAUGAGGACGACGAGGACGACUUGAGUGAGGACCACGACGAGGAGGAGGAGUCUGAUGAAGACGAUGAUUCCGGCAAGCCCAAGCAGGAGGCCGCUGAGUGCAAGCAGAGCUGA